AUGAUAAUUAUAUUAUUCAUAUUGAUUGCCAUGACCUACUCACAACAGACCACAAUAAUCGAAUAGCCAAUUAUUCAACCAAACAGCUAUUUGCAAUUAGGAUAAGUAAUUGGGGAUUAUCAGAAACAAAACUUUAAAGUGGGCAAUCUAAAAGUCAAUUAAACUUUAACGUCAACUGAGAAUAAAAGUUUUUAAGUAAUUCUAUUGCCCUACAACGAUUCUAAAUAUUCUUGUCUGAUCCAACAAUUCCAAUUCCCCAAUAAAACCUAGAACACUGAAAGAUGCGGAUUUUAAUAAACUGAUAGCCAAUGUCCUACUUAACCACUUCCAACUUCAAGACUCAGCACUCCCUAUGUUUACAUAUAGAAUUGUUCCACUAUUUCAGUCAUUUACUUUGAUGAUGAAAUCAAUGAUAGUCAAUAAUCACUCUGGAUUCUUAUUUUGAUUAACGACGACGACGAGGGGAUCAUUCAAUUAACAUCCACUUACAACAUAGUCAUCGAUAACACCAUUUCAUUUUAUCAAAUAUCCCUUGUUCUAUGUAUUUUGUUAGGUAUUUUUAUGGUGAUCUCCGUCUCUGUGUUGUGCAUACUCAAUCAUAAAUAUUAGAAGGUCAAAUAAUAAAACAUCACAUUAAAACUAGUCAAUAGAACAGAUGAUUACCAAAAAACAAAAUUAUUGUGA